AGCAUUCGAGAAAAACAGAACAGCUGUUCUAAGUCGCCUUUUCGCAGUUUGUUUUGUUUUGGUUAAUCUCUCGAAAUUAUGUUUUCUCCAACAAAAUAAGAAUUUAAUUUAUAAGUAUAUAAGAUGCUCCGACUCGUACUGUCGCCCAGGACUAGUGGCAUCUGUGCGCGUAAUUUCUCCCACGAAAAGUCGAAAAAGACGGAAACCCACUAUGAGGUGCUGAAUAUAAGUAACGACUGCAGCAGCAGGGAUGUCCGCAACGCUUUUGUUAAGCUCUCCAAGCUGUACCAUCCCGACGUUCUGAGCAAUGCAACAAGUCCCGAACGCACAGCCCGAUUCGUUCAGAUAUCCGAGGCCUAUAGGACCCUUAUUAAGCCGCAGAGAAGGCGCGACUAUGAUGACAGCCUUCUGUGGCAACCGCAACGCUCUGAUCGCAGUCCCGUGGGCGAGGAUGGCAGCAGUCCCCUUUGGGAAGUGAGGCCGAACUACGAUCCAAAUCCGGGACCCUACUAUGGCAUUAAGGGAGUGAACAGGGUUUCCAACUGGCGAGUGGCCUUGGUAUUAAUGGCUCUUGGAGUGUUUGGCGCCCUCUUUGGCUUCGCGUCCGUCAAGCACUCUUUCGAGCUGAAUCGCCAGAUGCAGGACGAAAUCUCGGCAGAAGCCGUUUCCCACCACGCCGCCGUCGUGGCCGAUGCUCAGAAGUAUGGCAACGAGGAGCAAGUGCGCCGUAUGAUUGAUCGUAUGUCACGGAACCCCUUCAGCCAGGCCACAAGCACCAAGUAAAUAACAAUUCUUUUUUUUUUUUGUUUUUAUGGACAAAAGACCAAAUUAAACGUUAAAGCGGAUAUAUAGAUAGAAA